AUGUACUACCGAUCUGCUGCUGACCCCACUCCACUUCUUCUACUUUUGCAGAAUAAAACUGUUCUUUACGUCUCUGGAUUCGCAUCAAACCUUCGAGCUAGAGAUCUCGCCUACGAGUUCGAACGAUAUGGAAGAUUGAUUAGAUGUGAUAUUCCAGCCUUGAAAACUCCUUCUUCGUCUCCAUUCGCCUUUGUUGAAUUUAGACGUGAAGCUGACGCUGAAGAUGCUUAUUAUGAUAUGCAUGGUCGAUCUAUAGAUGGUCGAAGAAUCACUGUUCAAUGGGCCAAGAGACCCCCUAGUUCAGCUUGGAGACAUGACGGAGAUCGAGACUCUGAUCGAGAUAGAAGAAGAUCUCCUCCACCCCGAAGAAGAUCACCAUCACCUCGAAGAAGAUCGCCAUCCCCUAGACGAGAUAGGGACGAUAGGGAUAAAGUGAAGGAUAGAGAUUACGAUGAUCGAAGAAGAUCAGCUUCGCCCAAUGGUAGAGAGUCAAGAGAUGCAAGAAGAAGUGCAUCACCCCCACCUCGAAGGGAAAGUAAAGAUAAAAGUGAGAAGAACGGGGAUGAUGAUGAUAAAGCUUCUCAGGCUGACGAGAGGGACGGGGAUGACGAGAGAGAGAGAAGGGAUGAUUAG